AUGGCGCCUCCGCUCCGCCUCGCCGCGCUCCUCGUCGUCGUUGUCGCCGUCUUCGCCUCCGCCGCGCGCGCCGAUCUCGUCAUCUCCAGGGCGGAUCGGAAGGUUGAUUUGACUUCGCACAUCGUCCGCGUCCUCACUUCGCUCAAGGUUGAAAAUGCUGGCUCGGAGCCUGUCUCCAAAGUCUUACUGGCUUUUCCCAACAUCCAAGCAAAAAACCUGGCAGCGAUCAGAGCAUUCGGUACCGAGGGAAAAGUGAAGGGUCUCAGUAGUAUUCUUCCGAUUGAAAUUGUUGAGCCUUCUGGUGUUCCCCCAGAACUAACCUUCUUUUCAGCAUCGUUACACAAACCUUUGACAAAGGGGAAGAUUCUUCACUUAGAUGUCUUGACUGUAUUUACACACUUUCUCCAGCCGUUCCCAGAAGAGAUCACCCAAGCCGAUUCGCAGCUUGUUGUCUUUCAGGAUAGUUCUCACUAUCUGUCCCCUUACCCUGUUAAAGUCCAGACGCUUAGUAUCAGAUUGCCUGGUGGAAGGGUUGAAUCAUACACAAAAUAUGGAAACACAAAACUUGUGGAUUCCGAGCUUAAAUAUGGACCGUAUGAAGAUGUUCUCCCGUUUUCCUACAACCCUAUUAUUGUGCACUUUGAGAACAACAACCCAUUUGCAGUUGCAAAGGAGCUUAUAAGGGAGAUUGAGAUAUCUCACUGGGGCAAUGUACAGAUUACAGAACAUUACAACAUUGUUCAUGGUGGUGCCAGACUGAAGGGUGAAUUCUCUUGUAGGCUUGACUACCAGUCUAGACCUUAUGCAAGAGGGGUUUCAUCAUUUAGGCAUCUCAUUGCUAGAUUGCCUGCAAGGGCCCACUCUAUUUAUUACAGAGAUGAAAUCGGUAAUAUUUCAACAUCACACUUAUGGAGUGAUUCGAAGAAGACCCAACUGGAAAUUGAACCGAGGUUUCCCUUGUUUGGUGGUUGGCAAACAACCUUUACUAUUGGUUAUGGUUUACCUCUUCAAGACUUUGUUUUCAGUGCUGAUGGAAAGAGAUUUCUCAAUAUCACAUUUGGUUCUCCAAUGGAGGAGAUUCUCAUAGAAAAGCUCAUCGUAAAGGUGGUUCUACCUGAAGGUUCAAAGGAUAUUGAUGUUUCAGCUCCAUUUCCAACAAAUCAAUGGCAAGAGGUGAAGUAUUCACACCUUGACAUUGCUGGAAGGCCAGUUCUUGUCUUGGAAAAGCCUGAUGUUAUUCCAGAGCAUAAUUUGCAUUUCCAGGUGUACUACAAAUUCAAUAACAUCUCGUUGCUUAUAGAGCCGAUGAUGUUGAUUACUGGCUUCUUCCUCCUGUUUGUUGCAUGUAUUGCCUACAUGCACACUGACAUGUCAAUCUCUAAGAACUCUCCUUCUUAUCUGGCAAAGCUGCAAUGGGAUGAGGUGCAAGCCACUGUUCAGCAAAUCCAGGGCAUCUUUCACCAGUGCUUAGCUGUUCAUGAUAAGCUAGAGACAUCAUUGCACGAUUUGUCUAGGUCUGGAGACGCUAAAUCUUGCAAAGCAGCUCGUAAAGCCGCUGAUGCACAGUUUAAGGAAUUAGCGAAAGAGCUGAAGCCGCUGUUGUUAUCUGUACAGUCAUCCCCUCAGUCUUAUCAGAUAUGGCCAAAGCUAGAGGACUUGGUUGCGAAGGAGAGGGAGAUGCAGGAGAAGCUCAUGGCGAGGCAUGCCACCGUGGUUGACAGCGUCGAGAAGAAGCAGCGCGGGCAAGACAUAGAAAACCGGAUUUCCUCCCAGCAGCAGAAGAUCGCUGCGCUGAGGCAAGAGGUCGAAUCUCUUCUAGAGUACCUUAGCGAGAUAUGA